AUGGCGAGCUUCGAGGCGGCCGUCGGCGGAGUAGAGGAAGGCGGCGAGAGGAAAACCCCUGCAGAACAUAAAUCAAAGAAGAGCAAAGAUGAUGACAAACCUGUUAUCUAUCCGAAGUUAGAGGAUGAAAUUUUUCACGAGGUAUCAAAGAAUGCUAUUCAGAUAUUCGUUCUUAGCUCGUGGUCUUUCACUUUUCCAAUACGUUCGGAACAGUCUGCUCAACAGGAGAUGAAGAAUUACAAAGAGAUGGGCUUAGUGAUGGCAAUUAAAGCUGAUGCUGUUCCAAAGUUCCGAAAGAAGUUGGAGGAUUUGGUGUCCGAAUAG